AUGAACUCCCCGUGUUUCGCAACCAGCCCUUACAUAUUCUAUCAGUCUGAUAAUUCAGCGACUGAAACAGAAGAUAGUGUUGACUCGGGCUGCGAGAAGACAGUCGGGCCACGAACGAAAUACGACUCCAAGAGAACCAUUAACAAAGUUAGCGAGAAAAUUCUGAAGGUGAUUGAGCGAUUAACGUGUAAUAUUGGAAAGGUGUCCAAAGUUAAGAAAUCUGAGAAGAAUAAAAAGGGAGAUAUAAAAUCACCGCUGGUACCGCCGCAGUCUCCUUCACAGAGCACGCCACAGAAAAACCAACGUAAGCGCACUUCAUUUGUUUUACUACAUGUUAAGUGA